AUGGCGACAGCUUUAUGCGGUCUUCAGUCUAUCGCCAGCAGCAGCAGUGUCGGCAGUAAAGCGGCCAAAACACACCGAGAACUGCGAAGGAAAGCCAGGGACGCCAAAAGGAGACAGGCGGCGGUGUUGUUUCUCAGCAAUAUCUCACUCGACGGACGGCCUCUGUGUAGCUUGAACCCCGACAAUGACACUCGAAAAGCAGCAGAGGAGCCGCCACGGUCUCCGCAUACAGAGAACCAAAGACCGGCGUCUCAGGUGGCGGAGUCCGCUCCGUCGGCGGGUAGUUCUUCGUCAAGUUUCCCCGCGAUCUUCAGUCCUUCGGUCAAGUCUUCCGGGGCCAACGAAGUGUUCCUGGAGGGUGGCUUUACAGCCGAGAGCCCGGACACCCAGCUGUCCCCCUUGACCGUUUGCCAACAGCCUAGCAUCUGCCGAGGUCGCUCAGCCCCCGCGGUGAGCCCUCUACCCACCGGCUCGGCUCAGGAUUCUCGACCCAGGUUGCGGAACGUGUCUGGUUCUCCUGGACCUAAGGUGCCAAAGAAGGUCCACUUCAUCAAGAGUAUGAGACAGUAUGAUACAAGGGGAUGCAGGAUCAUGCUGAUUUGUGCCAGGCGGUCGCUAUACGCUGCUUUCUCAGUGCUGCCCUAUGGAGACAUUGCUCAGCUCAGCGACAGCAAGCUGGAAAUGCAGAGAAGGCAGUCUUCCGUAGUGGUGGCUGACCUGCUUCCAUCGCUGGAAGGCGUGGAGCCGGAUGCGUUCGACAAAAUGGUGUCAUAUGCGCAAUUCCUGUAUCCGACCAACGCCUUGGUGAGACAGAGGAGCGGCAGCGCGCCGGAAAACUGCUCGGCUCACACCCCUCCCAUGCGUUUCCGUGGCAACGGGCCGAGGACCUUUACCCCCGCUCGCCUAAAUAGCGUCCCGGCACAAGAACCAUAUACGGAAGAAAUGUCAGAGUAUGACCCCAACCUGCUCAGCGAUCCUCAGUGGCCCUGUGGGAGACACAAGCGGGUUCUGAUAUUCGCAUCUUACGUGACAACAGUCAUCGAGUAUGUGAAACCGUCCGACCUGAAGAAGGACAUGAAUGAGACCUUCAAAGAGAAGUUCCCUCACAUCCUGCUGACGCUCAGUAAGAUUAGAAGCCUUAAGAGGGAGAUGCGCGCAGUGAGCGAGGAAUGCGGGCUGCAGCCGGUCAGCGUAGCGAUGGCGUUUGUCUACUUUGAGAAGCUUGUUCUGCGGGGGCGCCUCAACAAGCCUAACAGGAAGUUGGUGGCGGCAACGUGCGUGCUGCUGGCCGCCAAGAUCAGCAGCGACCUGAGGAAGCCCGAAGUUAAACAACUCAUCGACAAACUGGAAGAGCGUUUCCGCAUCAACAGGCGUGAGUUGCUUCCACUGGAGUUCCCCGUGAUGGUCGCCUUGGAGAUGGGACUCUACCUGCCCGACAGCAAGGUCAUGCCACACUACCGACGACUCGUGCAACAGGGAUAG